AUGCACCUAAUUCUGUACACGGGUUUAGCUGCCCUCGCACUCCUCUCCUUUCACUGCUGCCAGGGUGAAAAUGCACCUCCACGGGACAUCCACGUCUAUUCAUACAUCUCCACGGUGACUGCUCCCGAUCAGAAGGAAUUUGCGCAGUCAGUAAAGGGUCAUGUGUUGGUGAGCCUCCGAGGUAUGGCUCCACGCAGGAAGCCGUCUGGUGCCGUCGGACCAGCCCAGCAACUUUUGGUGCAAAUUCUCCUCAGUCUGGAGACAUCACCGGGUCCAUUCGCGGGACUGCUUCUGCUUGAUAGCCACGGGCUGGCGGAGAGGCUUUUGCUGCCACCCUCCACGAACUCCUCUGAUACGCGCGUCAACUUCCUCAAGGCUGUUGCCAGUGUCUUCAGCUACCACAAAACAUUCGAACCGGGUGUGGAGUACGACGCGUCUGGGAGAUGCGGCACGUUCUACGGGGAAGUGGCAAACCCCGAUGUGGGUAGUUUGGAUCCAAGGAAGAUCUUGGUCGUCGACAAGCAGAAGCUCCAGUGCGAACCCAUAGGGCAGCCAAUAGACGCAGGCGUUUGGAGUGUCUCACCGAUUCUAAGGGACAAACGUGUGACCCACAGCUGGAUGCGUUACUACAUCAGACGUGACACCGGCCUACUGCAGAAGGCAAUGACCUUCGAAGAACACAAGAUUACUUUCGCUCUCGAUGGCGACGUGUCUGGGAGAAGCGAACUAAGUGUCAGUGGCGAGCAGAUGCUCGAGUUGUUGGACGAUGAAAGCAAAGAAAGGAAGACAGUGCUUGCUAAGCUGAGUGGUUUAAUGAAGACAUCUACGUCGACUCAACUCUCAUCGGUAAAUUUCCACUCAUCUGUAGUGCCCUGUGACAAUGUCGGUUUAAAUACCACGAUUACUGUGACAUCAAGACGACUUUUGAGGAAGCUGCUUCGUGCAGUAAUGCGAAACUCAAUGUACACAUUUCAGAUCGCCUCGGACAUUCUGGGCAAGGGAUUCCAGGUGGAACAUUUGGCUCUCGAGGUCCCUCGGCAGCUUGGUUCGUCAGGGUGCGGUAUUCAGUCAGUCGCCUUUGAAGCCGAGACCCUCAAUAGUCCCAAUGUGGCCCUCUCGCUGUCUCUGCUGCAAGAGAAACUGAGGGGCUUCGAGAAGGUCAUCGAUCAGCCCGCGCGCAUCUCGUCAGCCCACGCCUCGCUUCAGCUCAUCCGGUUCCUUCGCUGUCUGCCCUCUGAUCUCAUCACGGUGCAGACUGUGUCGACGGCUCUCGGCUUCAUUCCUACCUCGAACAAGGACCUCCAUCGCCAAGUGGAAUCCGGUUGGCACAACCAACUGACUGACAUUGUCGUCAAUUGUGGGACAGAGCUUUGUCUGGAGCUGCUGAGACAGCGCCUCGUCAAGGUCACUGAGUUGGCAGCUUUUAGUAAAUUGGGUACUGCGGCCCCACGUGAGGUGCGCCCCGCCAGAACCUAUCUGCUGAGUCAGCUUUGGCCGGCACUGGCUCACAUCUCGAAUCCAUCAUUAAAAAUGUUUAGGGAACUCUUUGCUCUUUGCUAUCACUCACUUCCAGCCAUGGAAAAGGUGUUCCUGGCCAACGAACUUGAAUCGGACAGCCCUUAUACCUGUCUCCUAACAAUUUCUACCAUCGCAUCGCGAUUCAGAGGAAGAUACAAUGAAGAAAGGCUUCUCUUCUCAAAGGUCGCAGAAAUUUUGGCCAGCUUUAUUACCCUGGACGACAAAGAAUACGUGGACAACCAGUUUACCCGUACAAAAUUGCUCGCAGCUUUCACAGCAGCAGAGCAGGUAAAAGCGGCCAGCCUAUCGGAACCGCUUCUUUCUCUUGUUCAAAAUUCUAAAAUUCCAUCAGUUCUUCGAGCUGCUGGUCUCAAAGCGUUGGGUAACCUUGCAUUUUCAGACGACACCACGGCGAUUGCCACAAUAGUCACCAAACUUUAUGACAUCAUUGACUCUCCGGCACGAGGUCCACUAUUUGCUCGUUCUGAAGACGAACUGAUUGUCAAAUUUGGUGCAUUUUCUGUUCUCCUCAACAUCGAGGCACCAGCUCCUCAGCUGGCAAGAAUCCUUUCAAGGUUUGGCUCAAAGAGACAGUGGUCACUAGUGGCUAGUUGCCGGCGUCUUGUUGAUAGCUGGUGCGCGGAAGAACUUCUUCCUGAAGAGACGUGCCAGUGUAUUCGACGUGGUGGCCUUCUACGCACGGGCAGUAAGAAGCAGCCUCAGGUUUGUUCUCCCGGACUUGCAGCUGGGUGGUCAGGAUUGGCGGGAACAAAAGCCGCAGGAGAGAUAAACCUUAUUUCUGGUGACCUAGUGGAUCACCGGCCCACAUUUCUCUCCGAUUACUCGCUUCAGUGGGUCUGCGGACCUCAUGGUGAGUUCCGGAGCUCGAAUCUUGCCAUCAAUCUGAUUGGCGCUGAAAGCGAGGCCAAGCUAAUGAGCUUCAAUUUCUAUGCUGACCAACUUGCAACGCUGAUGGGGAAGGAUGACACGAGUGCAUCCCCUUGGCUGUCAGUUGGGUUCUCCCUCCUACGUGGCACAAUUCCUCCCAGGCAAAUAUUCUCAGGCAGUUUGACUGAAAUAUGGAGUAUUCUUACCACUACUCCGAAUCAGCCGACUCCGUUUUUCCUGACAUUAAGGCUUCCUGUAGAUGUAAGACGUUAUAUUCCUCUAUCGUCCGGGUGGGUAUUGCGAAAUGACAUGCUCGGUGUGACUUCAAUGGAACUCUCAGGAGCGCUAAAGUCAAGUGUGUGGAGCCAAAGCGGAUCAUCACUUAUUCGUACCAGAGCAGCUGUUGCCAUAGAAAAUCUCGUCACCUUGGUACCAUCCAGGAACAACGACAACACCAACCUCCCCGUGGUGACCUUAGUGAAUGGAAUGGGGUCAGCAGCACGUCUUGACUUUGUCAUACAACUAGAGAUGGGCGGUUUGCCCGAUUCCAUAUGCAUGUUAUUCCGGCGCGAAAAGACCACGCCAAUUCUUCGGUGGACUGGGGAACACGUGGACGCACCGGUGUUGAGACAACGCGAAAACUUACUGCGUCCUCUUCCCAAGCCCGAAGAAGGCAGCAACAAACACUACGUGCUAACCCAGUCUCUGCGUCUACCGCCAGCUUCAUACUUCCUGGGAGCGGCAAAUGCCGCCAGAUGCCGAACCAUGGAAAUUUCUGACGGCUGGAAUUAA